GGUGGAAGGGUCUAAGAAGGCCAGACGAGAGAGAGAGAGCACCGCAACACCAAUCCGCGAAAACCCACGCAACUCCCCCCCUUUCGCGGAGCCCCAUUCCCAAAAACUCCCGCAAACAUGUGGAAGCCCUCGGUUCUGCUCGCCGCUGCGCUCGCAAUCCCUACACAGGCGCUGCACUUCUUCAUGGAUGGCGCGGUCCAGAAGUGUUUCUUUGAGGAGCUGCCUAAGGAUACGCUGGUUGUUGGCCACUACCACAUCGAAGUCUGGGACGACGCCACAAAAUCCUACCUCACCAAACCCGACGUCGGCGUCUUCGUCACGGUGGAAGAAACCUUCGACAACAACCACCGCAUCGUGGCGCAACGCGGCGCAAACUCAGGCCGCUUCACCUUCAGCGCGGCCGACUCAGGCCAGCACCGCAUCUGCGUGACGCCGCAGAACGUGCAGAGCUCUGGCGGCGGCUGGCUGGGCGGCGCGGGCGUGCACGGCACCGUAAAGUUCACGCUCGACAUGGCGAUUGGCGAGACGAGUAAGAUCGAGAGCACGGAUAAGGAUAAGGUCGAGACGCUGGUGCAGAAGGUUAUUGAUUUGAAUGCGCGGUUGGCGGAUGUUAGGAGGGAGCAGGUGUUUCAGAGGGAGCGUGAGGCCGAGUUUCGCGAUCAGUCUGAACAUACUAAUUCUCGCGUCGUGAGGUGGACACUCAUCCAGCUUGCUAUUCUGGGCGUGACGUGCGCGUGGCAGUUGUCGCAUUUGCGCGCUUUCUUUAUUAAGCAGAAGCUUACGUAGGGGGGUUGGAUAUAUGCAUAUGCAUGCGGCGACGUGAGUGCUGAGAAAGACUACGAAGAAGAAGGAUGGUAUGGCAUGGUAUGGAGAAUUCUAUCAGGCUCAGAUGGGUUGGGCAAUGAAUGCCCCCCUUUUGCUUGUAUUCUAGGGCUCGGCGUUGAGAAAUAGAUGCGUCUAUCCCAAGUGCCGGAUCAGCGGGUUUGAUACUCGGUGUUUGAAUGGAGGGUAUUCUCCUUCGCUCUGUAUCAAGCAAGACGGCGAUGGAAGAAAGAAACAAAAUGAGAACAAGUGACCAAAACUCUUAGUGUUAUAUUUUGCAGCAAGCAGAUGAUGUAGAA